AUGCCGACCUCCAGCACUUCGUCACCGGUUAAGCGCCCUGCGUUGGGCCGUCGUGCCGUUUCCUCCCACGCCGUCGUCACUCGAUCGUCCUCCACUCUCACCGACUUGAGCGAUACCUCGUCUUCGACCACUGUCUCCCAUCAAAAACGCCCUCACCACCAUCAUCGAGCGCAUAUCGUCGGUGGCGGUCAUCGUGCGCACCAUCGCAACCCAUCUGGGAAGAACCUGAACAAACUCCAACGUCACCUAUCCAAUCUCACCAUCACCACCGAAGGCGGCGGUCGCCAUCAUCAGCGCAAGAAAUCCGCCCCAGCGACCCCAGCCGCUAGUCCUCGUGGCACCCAUCACGUCCGAUGGGAUGGCGCCGUGCUGGACGACGACGACUCGCAUCACACCAGGGCCUCGAUGAAGAAGAAUUACUCCUCUCCCGCCUUGCAACGUAACAGUUCCGGUGUCCUCGGGAAGAAGGCUCUCGUCACCAACCGCCCGCAUACCAGUUCCGGAAAGAAGAAAACAGUCGGCUUUGAACUCGCAGACUCCGACAACGACGACGCCGAAUGGGAAGAUACUACUCAGUCCCCUGAAAGCACCAGGCGUAGCUCCGUCGCCCAGUCUAAGGAAAGUGUCGAGAAUAGCGCCGCCGUUCUCGUUGACCCCCUCACUUUCGUCAAACGCCCCUAUCCGCAGUUCCCUCGGGCCACCAGUCUGCCUGAGUCUACCAGUAAAAGCUUCGGCGAGGGUCAACUGUCGGACGACGACGACGAGAACGACCACGACGAGAACGAAAACAACCAGAGGAAACGGUCGCAGUCUCCCGAACCCGACGAACAGCAACCAUCGAAAGACCACGGUGAUAUCGCUGCCCGUCUUCUAAGCCCAUCUCACUCCGCCAAAGCGCCUCCCGCCAUGUCGUCCAUCUCAGCGACCGCAGAACCCACCAUGGUCGACUCUGUCUCCCGAACCGCCUCCCUGACGAAUCUAAACCUGUCAUCCACCCAUGAUGGCCCCCGACGACCACUUUCAUCUUCGAAUGCGACGCUCGCCAACACGCCCGGAAUCCAUACUCAUGCAACAUCAUCCUCGAUCGAAGGAGAUUCCGAUCCCAACACACCCUCGUCCUUCCUGCCGCACUAUCACCCCCAAACACCGCCCUCUCCGAACCGCACCUCGGGAUCCAGAAAGUCUCGCGCAUCACCUCCAUCUCGACCCCCGGGCGCCGAGCCCCCAUCCCGCACGCAACAGAAGCUCUGGCUGCAACGCACCGCCGCAUUGAACACCUCGCCGCCCGAUGGACACGGCGCCUCGACUGCCGCCUCCCCCUCCACCAUGGAUGCUGCCAUCAUCGCCGCAAGUCAGCCACGCCCCGGAUCCGCAUUCUUCGAUGCCGGACGGGCACUCGUGAGCGGCGCAUCGCGUCCGGGAGUCGCUCCCUCCCACGAUACCGAAACGAAACAUGUCCGCAAGACGUACGAAAAGACCGCCAUGGAGUUGACCGUCGUCCGGCGAUUCCAAACUCCCACCGCAGACAGUUUCCAACGACUGAAUGCCAUCCUUAAUGUUACCACAGCGGAGACCCGACCCGGCUCGUCGCUAGGCAAGCCUAUCAAAUCUGCUCCGACUCUGACCAAUCUGAAAUCGAACGCUAGUCCGCGAGCCAACAGCGCCAGCCCAGAGCCAAAGCAGCUCCUCAGCCGGAAACAAUCAAACAUCCGCCCAUCCGCGUCGCAAACCUACCUCGAGGCUGAUGACGACACGACCGAGUCUGACCUGGCCCUCAGACCCAAGUCACACCCGGCGCAUCGUAUCCUGUCCACCUCCGAUGAAGGGAUGCACAGCCACACGGACGCAGACGCCCCAGGCCCUUCGCUCAAGGAUGAGGCUGAAAUGAUGAUUCGACGGAUGUGGGAGAGCAGGGAAGUUGCGAUUUCGGGGUAA